CUUCUUUGCUCAACCAAAAAUAUAUUUUACAGUUUUAAAAAGUGUGGCGGUCUUCUCCCUCUUCGAUCGCUUUUCUCUUUUGAACUGGCUCCCAUUACUUGUUAUAAUUGAAAGCUCGUUAUCGUGUUUGCUCUCAUCCCUAGUACUCCUCACACACCUUAUAUAAACACUAACUAACCACAGCAGCUAUCCAAUGAUGCCAACCUCAGUUGUCCAGCAGACUUUCUGGGAUCGCAUUCCCAAUGCCACCAGCAAGCUGGCAAUACUGGGCAGAAGCGAUUUUACAAAAAAGACGGGCAGCGGCAAAAAUGCGUGCAACGGCACCUUUGAAGCAGCCGAUGUACCGGUAGCACGUAUCAACAAGCGCAAGCAAUCUCACCCAAUGCGCUCGCCGCUGUCACCAUCCACAAGCACCGAUUCCUGCCCCAAAACACACGAUGCAAGCGCAAAGGUGCGCUGCAUCUCUCUUGACCAGCACCUGCCAGAAACCCGGGCGCUGCAUGCGGUGGACACGCCCAACUUGAGCCGAGCAUUCUGCCUCUCGUUCUCUGACGACUAUUCACGCAACCCACACCAGUACGUUCAGGCUCUUAUCGACAGCGAGAGCAUGCUCACCGUGACCACGGCGCCGUUAAGUAAGUCGCAUAGCAGCCGGGUGCGGCAGGGCAGCACCGGUCGUGGAAACACAAACCGCGGUCGCGAGACACAUAGCGGCGGCCGCGCGAAUGCAAAGCAGGGCGGUGGGUCCAAGCGCAACCGGGCCGCUCGCUUCCACAAUCUGCAGCUAGAGCAGACCAUAUCAGCGGCGCAAUCCGAGAACGAGGAUGCGAAUUCCGUCACUACUGUGACCAGUGAUCUCAACGAGCUGGCGGACAUUGAUAACCAGGUGCCCAGCACGCCAGUGAGCAGCCAGCAUCGCCUGGCGGCAAAGACAGAGUCAUUUGUGGAUUUGGGGCCCACCGAUGACUCCGAUGCGUCAAAGCUGCCGACGCCGCAGCUGAUGCUGCCACUAUCACCAAAGACCGCCACCAGCCACAUCAGCAGCCACAGCGAUGAGAAUAACAACAGCAAAAGUGGCAGCAUCAAUGAUCCUGCAUUGUAUACAGAUCACUCUACGCCCACACAGCAUGCCGCAGACCACAGCGAUUUUGCUGAGGAUGACGGGGACAUUGCAGAGCCGGCGGUUGCAGAGUCAGCGGUUGCAGAGUCAGCGGUUGCAGAGUCAGCGGUUGCAGAGUCGGCAGUUGGGACCCCAGCGUCCCUGCAUUCGUCCAUAGCUCCAACCCCAACCCCACCGCCUCAGCCGCCGCAUGAGCUUGGCGAGGACAAUAUGCCGUCGUACCAGCGGCUAGGGCAGGAGCUCACAGACGACGUGUCGCUAAUAAUUCCGCCCAGCGCAAAGUCUACAGUGAAGUGGGCCAAGGCCGAGCCCAUUGACAUUGCCGAUCGCCCGCUGGCCGACAAGCUGGCCUCUGCCGAGCGGCAUUGCUGUUCUGUUCUGCGAAUCCUACCCGAGCAGUACGUGGCAAUCAAGCAGACGCUGCUGCGUGAGGGCUGUUCUCGUUUGCCUGGUACUUUCAAAAAGCGCGAUGCGCAGCGUCUCUGCCGCAUCGACGUCAACAAGACCAGCAAGAUAUACGAGUGGUUUGUGACCAUCGGCUGGCUGCCCGCUGGAAACGGCGUUUACACGCGCCCGUAAUAAAAUUCUCGUUAGAAAUCAAAAAGGGCUUGGCAGAUGAGGGUCGGAUGACGGGAUUGCGGAAAUCACUUCAAAAACCGCUUGCAUCAUUUUUGUCUUUCAACCCCUUUUUUCACCCUCACCUCCAUUU